UGGUAAGAUCGUGCAGCUUGCAAUACUACCCUGUCAUCUGAGUUCAACAUCAGCUGCCUGUGCUCUGGUUCCCAAGAUGCCAGCAGCCCUUGUGGAGAACAGCCAGGUUAUCUGCGAGGUGUGGGCCAACAACCUGGAGGAAGAGAUGAGGAAAAUUCGUGAGAUCGUUCUGAGUUACAGCUAUAUUGCAAUGGACACGGAGUUCCCUGGGGUGGUGGUCAGGCCGAUCGGCGAGUUCCGCAGCUCCAUAGACUACCAGUACCAGCUGCUGCGCUGUAACGUCGACCUCCUGAAGAUCAUCCAGCUGGGCCUGACUUUCACCAACGAGAAAGGGGAGUACCCUUCCGGCAUCAACACCUGGCAGUUCAACUUCAAAUUCAACCUCACGGAGGACAUGUACUCUCAAGACUCCAUAGACCUCCUUGCCAGCUCUGGGCUGCAGUUCCAGAAGCACGAAGAGGAAGGGAUCGAUACCCUGCAUUUUGCCGAGUUGCUGAUGACGUCUGGGGUGGUGCUGAGUGACAGUGUGAAAUGGCUGUCCUUCCACAGUGGCUAUGACUUCGGCUACAUGGUGAAGUUGUUGACAGAUUCCAGGUUACCAGAAGAGGAACAUGAAUUUUUCCAUAUCUUGAACCUUUUCUUCCCAUCUAUCUAUGAUGUAAAGUACUUAAUGAAGAGCUGCAAAAACCUCAAGGGUGGCCUUCAAGAAGUGGCAGAUCAGCUGGAUUUGCAGCGAAUUGGACGACAACACCAGGCAGGAUCAGACUCUCUUCUCACAGGAAUGGCAUUCUUCAGAAUGAAAGAGUUGUUUUUUGAGGAUACAAUUGAUGAUGCAAAGUACUGUGGGCGGCUGUAUGGCCUUGGCACAGGAGUGGCUCAGAAACAAAAUGAAGAUGUGGACUCGGCCCAAGAGAAAAUGAGCAUUUUGGCUAUUAUCAACAGCAUGCAGCCGUGAUAAGCACUAGCCUUCAGCAGAGCAUGGUUACCAUAUUGGCAGCUGCUGUCCUCAAUCAUUGUCCCUAACAGCGUCUCAAACAAAAGGCAUCUACAGUGUACAGCCUGCAGUUUUGCUGAAGAGCUGCGUCUUCAUUUGAAACUCAGAAGAAGAAGACUGACUGAAUUCCUAAUGCCAGCAUUUGUGGUUUGCCAUAUUUUUAAUACUAAGGGCAAAAGACAGAACCUACUGUGUAUACCUCUGUUUUUUUCCUCUUUAUACUGUACAGAAUCUGCAAGGAAAGCCUACCAGUAGAAUAUUCAGUAGAGCUGAGGGUCUGGAAAUCUUGUGAAAAUGGACACAGACAUGCACACAACUUUGCAAAUUGUGCUUUAUAAAGCUUAUUUUAAAACUUCUGCAUGUUGUGAGGGUGACUGCUUCACCUCAUGUUCUGCUUAUUUUAUCUUUGCAUAGACUGUGGAAAUUGCUCCCUUUGAUCACUGCAGAGGUUUGGCAACGGGUGACAUUAAAAACGAUCCU